AUGAGCAUUAAGCUGAGCACGAAACGAUCAGAACCCAUCCUCCACCAGUAUGAAAUACCUCCGAUACCUUUUGGGCCUCAGGUAGAAAAACGAGCGCUCGAUCCCGAUCGUGAGAAACUGGAACACAAAACCCUGAAGCUAAUUAUCACACAGGCAAUCUUUGAGAAAAACAAAGUACCGGCGAUGCGAUUGUUUCUAAUGCCUCAGGCAAGAUUGCAUUGCGCGUUGAUUCUUGCUCAAGCGGGCUUUGCUGGUUUCGAGAUUUUGUCCCGAAUCACUUUGGAUCAAGGUGCCGGAAAGUUUGCAUUCUCGUUCUAUAGAAAUUGUGUUGCAAUGGUAGUUCUUGCGAUUGGUGCUUACCUCUUCGAGCGCAGGGUUACACUCAACCAAGUCCUUUAUCUUGCUGGACUGGAGUACACCUCUCCUGUUUUUGCAUCAGCAAUGAGGAAUACAACACCAGUUCUCACAUUUAUACUUGCAUGGAUUUUCCGGUUGGAAGUUGUAAGACUUAAAAGAGUUGAUGGUGUGGCAAAGGUUAUUGGGUGUUUGCUUGGGAUUUUGGGAUCUAUUUUUCUGUCAGUCUAUAGAGGUCCUAUUGUUAUUCAAAGCACAUUUAAAUUUCCAAAUGUGAAGGAGAAAGGAGAUAAGGGAUUUUAUAAACAAGUACAUAUUCAGUUUAUUGGUUUGCUGGAUGAUAUGGUACCUGCAAAAACUAUUGGCUCUAUUUAUUUAAUACUUUCAUGUUUAGCAUUUUCAGUAUUUUUGAUUUUUCAGGGAUUUAUAGCAUCAGGUUUUGUUUCUGGGGUUCAAUCAUGGGCAAUACAUCAAGGAGGACCUGUUAUUGUAUCUACUUAUCAACCAUUAGAAACAACAAUAACAGCAAUACUUGGAUUUUUUUUCCUUAAAGAAACACUUUAUAUGGGAAGUAUAUUAGGAGGUAUUAUUGUAAUACUUGGUCUUUAUAUGUUAAUAUGGGGACAAUCACAACAUCAUAAAUAUUUGAAGCAGAUUUCAAGUGUUCAAGAGAGUCAACAAAAUAUUGAAUUACAAGAACCAUCAUCACAACAAUCAUCAAUUGAUUUUACGUAA